GUUCGGGCAUGCAAUAUGGAAACUGAAACUAAUAUUCAAGAAGAUGCAUCUGCUAUGGGAAUUGUUCUACCCGAAGGCAUGGACAAAGUCUGUGCAGAAAAAGAACAAGUUGAUCACCAUUCUGAAACACAAAGCAUGGAGGAAGCGAUUAUAAAGCAUACCAAUUCAGAGGAAAAGAUGACAACAGAAAGCAGCAUAAAAUCGACUUAUGAUAUGGGAGAACUAGAAAAGAUUCCAGAGUCACACUCUAUUGAGAAUUUAUCGAUCAAGUAUGGUGGAAAUAUCAUGCCAGAGGAAGCAAAAGAUAUCAAAGAAGCCACAGAUGAGGAGUUACAAAAAUCUGAAACAGAAAGUGAUUAUCUUCUGAAAGGUGUACCUGAGGAUGAAUCCACGUCAACAUUACCCAAAUUGGCAAUUGACCAAGCUGAGACGGCUGAAAUAGGCUUUGAGAAAGAAACACUUGAGGAAGAAGAAUCAACAGAGAUCGAUAAUAACCAGUGCUGUAGGCCACAAAAUGAACUUGAGCAAAGAAUUAAAGCUUUUGAGGCAAUUGAUCUACCCCAAACCAUGGGCAAAGAUGCUGCAGAAAAUGAACAUACUGACCAACAAUCUAAAGCAACCAGCACAGAGAAUGUAAUUACAAAGCAUUCGUAUUCAGAAGGAACGUUGACAAUGGAAAGCAGUACAAAACUAACUUAUGAUGAGGAAGAACCAGAAAAGAUUCCAGAGUCACACUGUGUCGACAAUCCAGAGAUCAAAGAUUGUGGAAAACUCAUGCCAGAGAAAGCAAUAGACAUCAAAGAAGCCACUGAACUGGAGUUACAAAAAUCUGAAACAGAAAGUGUGCCUGAGGAUAAAGCCCUGUCAACUUUACCAAUUACAGCAUCUGUCCCAGUUGAAGCAAUUGUGAAAAGCAUUGAAGAAGAAAUACAUAAGAAAGAGGAAUCAGCAGUGACAGAUGCCGAAGAGGGACAAAGACCAGAAUAUGAUUUUGAGAAAACUAAAGUUCCUGAGGUUCGAUACCACCGUGCAUUUUCACGGUUGCCCAUCAUAAUUAUCUAUCUGGGCAUGCAAACAACCAAGUAUUUAUUUUCCCAAAUAUAA